AUGGUAGGCCAGAUCACAUACACUGAGGAGCAGAUUCUCUUCAUUCUGCGCUUGUCUCUCGAGGAUGAGAAGCGCGACGAGAUCCUGAGACAGUACCACCAGCGCUUCAACAAGCCCCUCACUGCUUCACAGCUUCGAUAUGUGAAGGGCAAGUACGGUCAUGACCCUGAGUUCGGAACGGCGUUGAUCAAUGGAGCUCUUCCCACAAACGGUGGUGCCAGAAAGACAGCACCUCCCUCGCCGCCACCAAAGCAUCCUCGGCAUUUUACCGCGGGCAAUGCUCCUCUUCACUGCCAAGACAGCACCUUCACCGGAUUUCCCCAGCAGACGAUACGAAGCCAAUCUUCACUCCGGUACGAAGCAUAUCCUCAGCCCACGGCUGUCGCGAACAAUGCUAUAUCCAGCCAUCAGCCACCACCCCAGCCGGACCCAGCCUGGGCGCUAAUCUGGGAUCCUGACCAUCCUUACGGCUAUCAACCCGUCCUGGAGCACUACAAGGCUCGAUACAACUUCAACGGCCCAAGAAAGUUGGCCGCAAAGCGCAAGCGCGAAGACUCUGAUGACGUUGGGGAGCAGACGAAUGGAGCAUAUCUCCAAGAAGAAAUCGCGGUCGACGCCAAGCGUGUGAAGAUAGAGUCACCGGUCAUGAAUCUCCAGUACGCAUACCCCGACUACGACCCGGCCGUUGCCCACAACUCCUCCUGGUAUCAGACCCAAGUGCCUGAGGCCACGCAGAUGAACGAGAACGUCGCUCAAGCUGCGUCGCCUCUUACUCGCCUACUCAACCAGAUCGACACAGAGUAUCUGGCACAAGGUGACUAUGACCUCACAAUGUCUACGGCGCCUAGCUUUUCAGCGGUGCCGAUUUAUCACGCACCCACAGCGGCAAUGGCCACAGCUCCGAGCUCAGCCUUUUCCCUCCCUCAAAUUGACUACUUUGACCCCUACCCAGACGCGACUUGGUACCCCGACAUGGAUACGAAUGGGACCUUCCUGGCAUCGUCUCCAAACUCUUUGCCCUCGCUGUCCAAUCAGACUUUUGGAGUCUCAAGUAACGAGACAACGUCCUCGUGGACGACCCCAUACCUCGAUAACAUGAACAAGGACGGCUGGCACAACACCUCCAGCCCCUUGGAGAAUUCCCUCCUCAACACACCAAUGUUUGAUCCGGCCUUGAAUCAGGACUUGACUCCGUACAUGGACCCGGCUCUCCUCGAAAACAUCCAGAGUGGCGCAGAGACGGGCCAGACGCAAGGUUCUGAUCAUGCCGUCAAACAGGAAGCCGACACGAUGCGUUCUGACGAAGACGGCACCUUCGACUGGGAGGACAUGUUCGAUUUUGGAAGCAGCACGAACGAUGAAGGUGGACAGUCUCGGGAUUGA